CUAUAUAUAUAGGGGCAAACAAAUCCCGUGCCUGACCCAGUCACCUGACUCUAUCGAUAAGAGCUUCUCCUCAUCCGGCCCUGAAGCCCAGCCGUUUCAACGUUCGUCACACCUUCAAUCAUGAAGCCUUUGUAACCAUGUAGCCACGACCAUCGGCCAUGUCUCUUCCAAAAUCAACCUCAUCGCCCCCGCUUUCAUCUCCCUCCUCCAAGAAUUCUCUUCGACGACCCCCCUCUCGGCCACAUAGCAUCGACCAAGUUGUGCAGACAAAUGAUACUCCAGACGAACAUCCAAGCCAGCACGUCGACCCGCUUCCAGAAGGAUGGGAUGAACCAACACGCCAUGAACUGCCAUCUUCAGCUCGAAUCCUAUCCCAGCCGUUCUUCACCUUGAUCGAGGACGCCAACACCUCGGAAUACUACCAUCCAACAGUCCACUAUAUCUUCUCCGACGAUGAUACAGACAUUGUGACAGAAGCUGCUCUACGCUCCCUCGAGUCUGAGCAAAACAGCCCCGCAAAUUCAAAGUUGAAGGGCAAGUCAAAAGCGCCACACCAGCAUCCAGGGGACCCAGAGACGGAAAGAGCAUACGAGGGGACUAGGAACCAACCUUUGCUUCCGGACCCGAUCCCCGGCGUUCGAGAAAACUAUAUUAUUCUAGAUGUCGACCGCAUCCCCGAUGCUCAUGGGGAUGAAUUCCCUGGCGGAACGUCACAGGAGGGACGAGGCCACGAGCAGACGGCCCCUCCCUCGCAUCCGGACAACAAUAACCCGUUACAUAGUCAGCAAGAUCAACCUCUUUCCUCUAGCAAACUCACAAUAAGCUCUGCGCACAGUCUAUCACCCUCCUGGCAGGUGCUAGACUCGCGACUUCUUCCAGCCCCGACAUUCGAGAAUAAUGCGGCUGGCGAGAAACCGGCGAACGGCGGGCUUAUGCUCCAGAUCCAAGGCACCUCGGGCUUGCCUGUUGGUACGCUUGGCAAGGAUAAAGAACGGGGAAAUCAACGGCUGGAGGAUAUGAUGGAUCAAUUCGCCAGGAGGCUGGAUGAGCUGAAGCUAGUGAUUGAGAGUGGAGAGCGGGGUACACGCGCUGGAAAUUUUCAGGGCGCAAGCCCUCUGGAAGGGUUUGAAACUCAAACCACUCAAGAUGUCACCUCCGGAGCAGAAGCUGAUGAAGGACAAGACUUACUGAACCUAAUUUUGGUUUCUUAAUGAUACAAAGAUCGUACACACACUAUGGUCCUGGAAGGCUUCUAUUGAUAAACAACCAUGAACAUAAAUUGGUAAAUCAAGUGUCGAAACGAAAAUUUUAUGGUAAUAAUAAAAAAAAAAAAGGUACCUGAAGAAUGUCAAAGCCUCUUUAGAAGCAAAACGAGAAAGGAUACAGCUCCAAAACAUGGCAU